AUGGCUGCCACUAUGAUGUCCACCAGCUCUCUUCGUGCCCCUGUGGCCCGCGACGCAUUCCGCACCAGCACAAAGUCUUCCCCGGCGGCUCGCAAGGGAUUGCGGGUGCUGGCUCUCGGCCCCCAGGCGGAGCCCAGCAAGGCUGCCACUCCCGAUGACAUCCUCGCAUACGCUAAGACCCUCCCGGGUAUCAGCCAGCCCUUCCCUGACAUCUUCGACCCUGCCAACCUCCUCUCCAACGCGACCAGCAUUCAGGAGGUCAAGCGGUGGAGGGAGUCUGAGAUCACCCACGGGCGUGUGGCCAUGCUUGCCGCUCUGGGGUGGAUCGUGGGCGAGUUCGUCGCCGACAAGAAGUUGCUGGUGAACAGCGACGGCCGCAUCACAGGUCCGGCCAUCGACCACUUCCAGCAGGUGGAGUACAAGGGCGCCAUCUUCUGGGAGCCCCUGGUGUUCUCCAUCGGUCUGGCCGAGGCAUGGCGCAUCGGUGUCGGCUGGGCCAACCCGUCCUCCGACAAGUUCAACCAGCUGCGUGACGACUACAGCCCCGGUGAGAUCGGCUUCGACCCCCUCGGCCUGACCCCCACUGACCCCAAGGAGAAAUACGACCUCCAGACCAAGGAGCUCAACAAUGGCCGUCUUGCCAUGAUUGGCAUUGCUGGCUUCGUUGCCCAGGAGCUGGUGAAGAAGCAGGAGAUCUUCUACCAAGUGGGAGACACCGUGAAGGGCUCUUCCUCGCCACCCUUGUAAAUGUUUUGAGCAGAUUCCGGGAGAGAGUAAAUUCUUGCUGGAGUGGUGAAGGACACGCGAUGAGAGAGAGCCUUUUUGCUGACCAGUAGCACUGUUUAUUCAGCUGGCCCUAGCAUUUGCGUUGCCUAGAUCCGAACAUUCUUGUGGGUUUGAUUAUGCAUGCUGAAGAUGAGAGAUUUUGGAAAAUGAUGACAGAUUGCAGUGCUGUGUGGAUAUACUUUGAGUGACUCAGGCAUGCUCGGGGGUGUGGCUGUGCACAGCACUGUCUCUUCCUGUAGCGCAUGGCCUUGGUAGUCUGUAAAUAUCAGCGAUUGUUUGUUGACAUCAAUUUCAAAUGCUGUUCACAGUGCAUGUGUGUCCUCUGACAUCAUCGCACAUUCAUCAUCUAGGCAGAAAGCUUAAAACCUUCGUG